AUGACAUCAUCAAUUUCCAUUGCCCCGAACAGUGAAGCCUGCGAAUUAUCUGCAGCUUGCAAUUUUAAUGAAAAAGAUUAUCGCAGUGGGAACUGUAAACCUGGAUUAGCUCAAGUUGCAUACAGGGAAGGAGAUGACGAUGAUGACGGUGGUUAUGACUAUGCUCCCGCUGCAUAA